CCUGCCGGCGCUGUGAUUUUCUAUUGUAAUCAAUUUGUAUUGUUUUUCUAAUUUUCGUAAUAAUAAAGGCACGACAAUCUGUCAAGAGAUAUCAAAGAUUUUCGUUACCAAAAAAUCGAAUUGAAAAACCGAAAAUCCAGUCGGUGGAUUUUUGAUAUCAUAUUUGUUUAUUUGAUUCUUUGGACAUAACCUGUAUCAUAAACACUGAAAUAUUUAUUUACCCGUUGUCCAGAGAAGUGGCAAUUUGUCUGCCUCCAGGCCAUCGUCACCUGACAAAAAAAAAUGAACGAUCAUACGACCCUGAAACGUCCAAAACCUGAGGAUGACGAGGAAGAGCUCUUCCGGAUGCAGGAGGAAUUCCUGCAAUCCCAUGAGACACCUUCUGCCAAGGUGAUAAAUCUACGAUCUAAAAAUUCCCACCCUCGGAAAUUUAUAUCUAAAUUCGCGGAGCGAAGAGGAAAACGUGAAAAAUCCAAAAUCUCGACCUCCCAUUCAUCUGGAGACGUCAUCAACCCCUCCUUCAACGAGGAAAUGACUGGAGACGACCUGGACCCAGUGGAGAACAUGUCAGCCUCCAAAAUCAUCCUGGGAAACAUAAUCGAGAAGAAAUUCACAGCUCCCUGCCUGAAAUCCCCACAAAUCGCCGAGUCGACGGGUUUCCCCGAGGUCUUCCUGGUGGCCAAAAUCCCCGAGACCGAUCCCUCCAGCAGUCUUUUCCACCGGAACAUCCAGUCCUCAUCAUCCAUUGGAGCUACUGCUCCAAAUACUGAGGAAUCAAAGAGUCUGCUGGUGGAGGGUCCACUGUCCUCAGAAAUCCACAAAGAGAACCUAGAGAAGCUGAACAGAAUGACACAGGAGGAGAUCCUCCAGGAGAAGGCUCAUCUGGAGAGUUUACUGAGUCCAGAGCUCAUAGAAUUCAUAAAAGCAAAGAAGAGUGCUUCACAGAAAUUCGGAAAUUCUUUAAAAACUCCAGUAAAUCCCUCCGCGAGUAAUCCUGACUCUAGAAUUCCCUGUCCGGCAGUGGAUGAAAUCCAGGAAGCAGUGAGUCCCUCGCCUGAGGUCUCGAACUUACUGGAGGAAGCCUCCACCCACCAGUGGCUCAACAUGUCAACUCUGGAAUCACCAAAACUCGAGUGGAUGAAGGACCUAGAGCCUGACAAAUGCCCACAGGUCUCUGAGAACGAGCCUUACACAGCUCGAUUCUCCUUCGAGGGUGAGCUACUUCCUUACAAUGACCCCUCAAUCUCGAUGGACCGAGGCCUGCACCACCACGGAGAGGAUCCAAGUCGUCCUGGCUACUCCAUCCCAGAGCUCCUGCAAUUAUCUCGUUCCUCUCAACAGCAGCAGCGCUGCGUCGCCCUGACUACCAUCUCUAAAAUCCUCGAUAAAACCAGAAACGGAUGGUACGACAAGGCCCUGGAGCCUGCCCCCUUGAUAGCCCUGAACUCCAAGAACAUUCUGCUCCUGUUGAGAUUCUCCCUAGAUGACAGUGCAGUGGCUGUUUUAACGGCAUCACUGCAGGCCCUGAGGUCGUUCCUCUACAGCGAAACCGAGGAGUUUUGCCUGGACAGAUGCUUCAGCUGGAGAUGCGAGGUCGGAGGGUACCUGGUACCCGAGAUGCUGCCGAAAGUCGAUGAAGUGGACAUGAGCAGUCUGAAAGACCACGAAUUGGCACAGAUAGACUGCGUAUCAGCAGCUGUGAGGUCUCAGAUUCUCGUGAGACUGAGUUACAUCCUUGGUUUUUACACCCGGAAAGAGAAGUCCCCACCUGAAUGGUCAGUGGCAGCCCUGGAGAUUCUCACAAGGAUCUCUAGACACUCGAGGAUAAUUGCUUUGAAUGUGGCCUCUACCCCAAAUCUCUUAUCCAUCAUCAUGAAACACUUUCUACCUCUCGAAGAAGAUGCAUUGCCGUCCAGAGAAUCUCUGAACUCACUCACCAGUCCAACCGUCAAAGCCCUUCAUCUCUUUCGAGUUCUGGUGGAGUACGGGGGCAGACCAGUGGCAGAUCGACUUCAGCAAUUGAAAAUUGUCGAUCGUCUCUUGUGCUAUACCACCCAGAAGUCUCGGAUGGCAUCCCUGUGGCUCUCCAUCGAGUCCUUCCGUCUCUGGAAGACACUCCUGGACAACGGACUUCCUCUAGAAACCGUCAAUGGAAAUGCAUACGACCUUGCCUGCCAGCUACGAUAUGUCUUCAGUAACCACGACAUCUCAGGCUCUGAAUUGUCGUCAGAGUUGGCUGCAGGACUGGUUGGAGUCUCCAGUUACGGAGAGGAAUUCGAGCCUAUCCUGAUUAUGUUGCUCGAGAAGUGGAGUACGCAGUUAGGAACUUCUAACAUCACCUGGGGAAAUACUAAAUUAAUCGCCACCACUUUAGCUUGUGUGAAAGACUCUAGUUCCUUCAAACUCGAUUGGAUAAAUAAUCCAAAGAUUUUCAGGGAUAUAAUUUCAUCUUCUAACGUCCUCAGUGGCCUUCAGGCUGCCUCGAGAGAUCCUGAGGCUCUACCCUCCUUGAGUGCUGUCCUAGAAGAGGGGAAGGUGGUGCCAGUCCUGUCAUCCUGCUUCCAUUUUUACUCGACUGUCAUUAAUCACUUCUCCAAACACUGCAUGCUCGACGAAUUGAAAGCCAUCCUGAAUAACCCAGACGUCAUGGAGUACCUGAAAAGAGCUAACAGCUGUUCCUGGUCCCUAGUGAACAACUGGUUCACCAGAUUAGAGCUGUACUUCCUCGCAGGAGUCGUCGAAGCCUCUCAAAAUGUUUCCACUGAGUUACCCCCAGAGGUGUACCGGAGAAUAGCCAUAAAACUCCUCCCGGCGAUUCCGGGAGAUUGUCCAGAGCUAGCAAAGUCCGUCCUGAAGAUGCUCCUGUCCGACAACAGACUAAACAUCGCCGGACUGUCCCAGGGUAUGACGUCCCUCAAACUAGAGGAUACCGGAAAAAAUUCAUGCCUCCUGGACAACGUCUCAGUGAUCUACGAUGAGUUUAUCUCUCCCGGAAGUUGGAACCAGCCUGUCCUCCCGAGGGACUGGGUAUAUCUUCCCCUGGUGGCAUCGUACACCCGUCACAAAGAGGAGUCCAAGUGGACGGAGGAGGAUACCCUGAGGAUCGUUAUCCUCCUCACUCUCGAAGUGACUCUACCCGAAUUAUUCGUCGAUCUCUCCCCGACCCUCAGAUUCUCCAGACUCGUCCUCAUCUACCUCUGCGACACUCUACACCUGGACGAGAACGUCAAGAUCCUCCUCCAGAAAAUGAUUCCAAAAUUCUUGAAGGAAUUUCAUAAGUGUUUGAACUUUUCCAGUGACAUCCCCGGAGUGAAUUCGUUCCCCGAUUUAUUUACAGCCCUCUGCGAGGGCUUCUGCGCCAAUUCCUACGGUGACGAUGGAUUUGCUAUGGUUUUGAUGGCACCAAUUGCCCAGAGGCACGACAAAUACUACAGGAAAAUCCUGUGGUCAGAGCACGCCGGGGCCCUCAGGUACAUCAGGCUGCGUCCUGAGGCCCUCCCUUUCCCCGUCGACGAGUACCUAUUCCCUGAAGAGGAAGACUGCAGCCUCAUCGAGGGGUACAUCACCGCCCUCGUCAGAGGAACUGUAAAAAAAGAGUUUAGCCCUCUGAUGUAUCUCAUCGCGUUGCAACACUCUGUCGCUUUCCUCCAGGGGGAGUCCGACCUCUCGAGGAAGAUGAGAGAGAGAAUUCAUCUGGUUAAUGAUAAAGAACUUGUGGAGAAACUCCUGGGGGAGACCUAAUCGAUAUUUUUUUAGAUUAUUCAUUGAUAAUUAUUGAUGAAUUACAGCCUGAGGAGUGAAUGGGUAUUUUUAAAUGUUUGCUGUUCACCUUCUGCAUUGUGAAGAGAAGAUUCAACUCGAUUGACUAGACAUAAUGGGUUCCUCGGGGCGGGAAUUACUCCUCGAGUGCACCAGACAACUUUAAAAAUACAAUUUUCAUGUGAAACGAUGCAGAGGGAUUUAAGAGGAUUUCCCUUGAGCAAUUGAAAUAUUUUUCGUUUAUUUUCGUAUACUCUUUAUUCACGUAUUCACAUAAUCCUUGAACAUAUGUUAAUCCCUGUUAAACAUGAAUGUUUAUGAACAUAAUGAAUACAAAAAAUACAAACGAUAUCUCUUAUUCAUAUUUAUAUCGGUUUACAAAAAUUAUUUUAAGCAUAAAAAGAGGCACUAGGUGGUCGGCUCGCUCGAGCUUUCGGCUCAUCAGCGCUACAAGCGAGUGACAAAUUGAUAAAUUCUGUUAUAACACCUUGGAGGAUGUCCUGGAGAUGAUGGAGGUGGAACUCCAGGAGUUAUCUCAUUUUUUUCAGUUAUUUCCCGUUCCUUUUGGAUUGGGAUUUUAGUCGUUUUUUUACAGUAGUAUUUUUAUAAUUUCCUGGGAUGCUCUCGGGCCCAAGAACCCCAAGCCCAAACCCCGGGUCAUCCUCUGCAGAAUUAAUCUCCACGUAAUUUCAAUUGACUCGAUCUCACUGUUAUCUUUAUCAAUAUCGAUAUGUUAAUAACAUUUAUACAUUGAUGGACGAUAAUCUUGAAUAGGGAACACAACUUUCUCAGAAUUGGGUCAUGGUACAGGGGAAAUGUUCAGCCAGGAUAUCAAUGUUCCUUAUGUACCCGUUGGUGACGGUAUAUGCAGGAUACAUAUGUCGGAAAAAUGUAUUCACAUCGAUUGCACGACAGUAACAGCACGAGAGAAAGAGGAGAAGUCACGUCACGGAAAAAAUUGCGAUCUGGAAAAUUCUCGGCAAUUCUUUCGAUUUCGAUUUUUCUCGAGACUAGUCAUUUUAAUUUAUCCGUUCCUUCUAUUUUUUCGUCGCUAGAGUUGAAUGAAUUUUCUUGCUUCCUGGAAUUGUUUGCAAAAAUUAAUUCGAGUUUAUAUUUAAUUAAUUAUAAACUCGAAUCCAAUUUUGCAUGCAAUUGCGAAAAGUAAAAAAUUAAGUUUAAUUCGUUACAAUUUUAAUUGAUUAUUAAUUAAUUGAGAUUCUGAUUCCUCUGGGCGUGUCUUUCAAGCGAUUUUCCACCACUGAUUUCCUGAGAAAAAUUUCGUUCUGGAAAAUCUCGGGUUUUUCUUUCGAUUUCGAUCUCUUUAUUUUCGCAAUUUAAAUUUAUUAAUUCAAUCUCUUCGUUCCUACAAUUGAAUAAUUUUCCUUUUCCGCAAUUGUUUGCAAUAUUGACUGAGAUUCUGUAAUUAAUUAAUGAUCAGAUUCUUGUAAACGUCAUCCAACGAAAUUUCCACCAUUGAUUUUCCGAGAAAAACUGCGGUAUUGAACAUGCCGGAUUUUUCUUUCGAUUUCAAUUUCUCCCUCCAUUACCACAAUUUAUUUAUUUUCUUUUCUUUCCUCAGUUAUUUGCAAAAUCUCAUGAGAUUUUAUAAUUAAUUAUUGACCAGAUUCUUGUAAACGCCAUCCACCAAAUUUUCCACCAUUUAUUUUCCGAGAAAAACCGCGGUAUUGAAAAUUCCGGAUUUUUCUUUCGAUUUCAAUUUCUCC